AUGUGGCUUCUUGGAUCAACUUCCCAAGUGAUGAUGAUGGAUGAGCGCAUGUCUCCCUCCGCACGCUCCGUCCAGAGCCCCGGCAGCAACCCGUCCACGGUCCACAGCAUCGAGGCCAUCCUGGGAUUUAAAGAGGACACCAUCUUCCAUAAAUCAGCCUCUUACAGCAUGGCAGAAAAAGUUCUGGUGAAAGAUGCUGAGCGUAAUGGGAAUGUAAUUGUGAGCCAAAUGAAGAAGAGUCACUACUCAGAAAGUUGUGACAGUGUGUGUUGCGGCAGCAGCACCGGAGACGCGUCGGUGUGUCCGGACUCACCGGACCGAGACGGAAAACUGUCCGACGACGAGAGCCAGAAGAAGAAGCACCGCCGGAACCGGACCACCUUCACCACCUUCCAGCUGCACGAACUGGAGCGAGCCUUCGAGAAGUCCCACUACCCGGACGUGUACAGCCGAGAGGAGCUGGCCCUGAAGGUCAACCUGCCCGAGGUCCGAGUGCAGGUGUGGUUUCAAAACCGCCGGGCCAAGUGGCGUCGGCAGGAGAAGCUGGAGGUGAGCUCCAUCAAGCUCCAGGACACCUCCCCGUCCUCUCUGCUGUCUUUCAGCCGCUCCCCCAGCAGCUCCCUGGGCUCGGGGCUGCAGCUGGACCCCUGGCUCUCCGGCCCCAUCACCUCCUCCACCUCCCUGCAGUCGCUGCCGGGCUUCAUCAGCAGCUCGCAGGGCCUCACAGGCACUUACACCCCUUCUCCUCCCCCCUCCAUGCCCUCCUCUUUGCCGGCCUCCUUCCUCAACUCCCCGUCCCUGGGACACGGCCCUCACCUGCCCCACAUCGGCUCCAUGUGCCCCCCACCUCCGGCAUACCAGUGCUCGGCUGACCCGAGGAACUCCAGUAUUGCCUCACUGAGGAUGAAGGCCAAGGAACACAUUCAGUCGAUUGGGAAAACUUGGUGA